AUGUCGUUUCGUAUGCGAAGAAUGCUUUUGACAAGUUUAUUUGCUGGUGACAAAAGUGCCAUUAACCCAAACUUGAGAGCAUCCAUUUUCAACACCGUUGCCAGUGUCGGCUCGGAGGAAACCUUCGACUCGCUUUACAAGAUCUACACCAACUCACUGUCAGUUGAAGAAAAGCUUGCUGUUUUGAGGUCUCUUGGAAAAUUCAAGGAUGCUUCUGUUCUCGAUAAGACUCUUUCCUUGUUAUUGAAAACUGAAAUCAUCAAGCCACAAGAUUUGUACGUUCCUAUGCAAGGUAUGAGAACACACAAGACUGGUGUUGAAAAGUUAUGGGCAUGGUUCACGUCUCACUGGGAUGAGAUUUACAAGUUGUUACCUCCUGGUUUAUCGAUGUUGAUCUCUGUUGUCAUCAUUUCUACAUCUGGCUUCACUUCCGCUGAGCAAAAGGCGGAGGUCGAGAAAUUCUUCUCUUCGAAGGACACCAAGGGUUAUGACAAAGGUUUAGCCCAAUCCUUGGAUAUGAUUACUGCUAAGCACAACUGGGCUUCUCGCGAUAGCCAAGCGGUCUCUGAAUGGCUCAAGUCCAACGGCUACUACCAAUAA